GUUCACAUGUCUGCAGCUUCCUCAUUCAUCAUUUCUAUUUUCUUUCUUGUUCUGUGACCUCCGAUGAACUUGCUGAUAACUAGUUUUGUCUCUCUGAUCAAGUAAUGAAUUGCUCGUUUUGGUUCAUAAUUCUGGUGCAGGAUGAAGGGUCUCAGCGAUUCAUGCAGUACUGACAGAAUCAGCGAUCUCCCUGCGGUCUUGGCAGAUCACAUUGUCGCGUUCUUGCCCCUAAAAGACGCAGCGAAAGCGGCUACAUUGUCAACGCAAUGGAGGUAAUACUGCUGGAGAAAUGUUCCUCAAGUUGUAUUCGAUGCUGAUUUUGCUCGAACCCAUUGGUCCGAAUACGAAUCAAAUGUGCAUAACCUGAUGAACAAGAUUCACGAAGCCGUGCUUCUUCAUAACAGCAAUCCCACGACCAAGGUUGUGCUUGCAAUCCCUGGAUUAAUACCAUGUGACGAGAUCGAUCACUUCAUUCUUUACCUUGCCAACAACAAAGUGCUCCGGGAUUUCACGCUUCGAAUACUCGAUGAAUCAGGGCGGUAUGUUUAUGACCUCAGGAAUUUCCCUUCCUUGUUUGCUGCUAUUGAACUCAGUACCCUGAAACUGCACAGCUGUGAAUUUAGACCACCUCCUGGGUUUGUGGGCUUCAACAAGCUCACCCAUCUCGAACUGAAUAACAUAAUGUUGGACGAGGAUUUCUUCGUUGAUUUUGUUACCAAGUGCCCGCUGCUAGAAGAUUUGAGGAUAAUAGAUUGUUGUGGGUUAGGCGCUCCUCUUGGAAUCGAUGCUCCUCGUCUCAAAGUGCUGUGUUUUCGGGUCAUCUUGCGGAGCAUUUGGUUCAAGUAUACCCCGCUUCUUUCGCUGGUAUCCAUUCUAGACGAAAGAGAUUACUUGUCCAAUAAGUUGUACGAUGAUCAGCAAGACAGUGUUGAUAUAGUCGAUGUAUUUGCUUCCCUCCCUGCACUCCAAGAGCUGAAACUUGGCAUUGAAUUCCUGCAACUACGUCUAGCUAUACUCCUCCCCUACUCGGCAUUGUUUUGUUUCUCUCCAUCUGCUCAAUACUCAUGUAUUUUGGUGCUCUUCUCCACUCUAGUUACUUGCUGCAGGUGACCAUGUUCCCAAAAGGCUUCCUACUCCUCUUCAGCACUUGGAAGUCCUGGAAAUGGAUAACAUAGAAUUGCAUAGCUUGCGCGAGGCACGUGUUCUCCUUUGCCUGAUCAUGAGCUCUCCCAACUUGAAAAUGUGAUCGACAUCCUGGGUAGUUUGUUGGAAGCAGGGGAACUUACUGGAUCGACCGGUUGUUGCUUUCAGCGUCUUGAGGAGUUGAUCAUUGACGGAAGCCAUGGCUCACAGGUGGAGCUGGACCUGGUGAGGCUUGUGCUAGCCAAUGCCCCACUACUUCGCAGGAUUGUCAUCGAUGGGCUUCACCUUAUUUGAGCUGCAGGAAUCGUCCAGAGUUCUGGAAAGAGGUGACACAGUACUGUGAUUGUAUGAGAGUCGAAGCAGAGGUCGUAUUCUCUGGAAUCAUGAUCUUGAACGCUUUUCUGGAGGCUUUAAGCGACUGAACUUCCUUUAUGUUGUUUUCCUUGUUUUUUUGUCUCGUAGACUAGCAAGUAGCAACUCUAGUUGAUUCUUUCAUGCAUUGGCCAAUGUUGGCUUUAAGCUACUAAAUUUCCUUUGUGCCA